AUUUUGUAGUGUAUUUUUUAAUAUAUAGAUUGGUGGUUGAAUUGUAUGGAGGUUGAAACUUUACACAGGCUCUAUUUUCAUUCUUGCAUACUUUUUUUCAUAGAUCGAUAAGAAAGCAACCUCCGGAAGUAAAGUUCGAGCUUUCCCCUGGGGACUCGAAUUUCAUUUUUUUGAUUUGCCUCCGCCAAGCUGAAUCCAAGAGAGACAUGGGAGCUUUCGCAUCUAGGUUUUGGUUCAUGAUGUUCCCUGCAAAAGAGUACAAGAUUGUCGUUGUCGGUUUGGACAACGCCGGUAAAACGACGACGCUUUACAAGCUUCACUUGGGUGAAGUUGUCACUACUCAUCCUACCGUCGGAAGUAAUGUCGAAGAGCUCGUUUACAAGAACAUCCGCUUCGAGGUGUGGGAUCUUGGUGGGCAAGAUAGGCUGAGAACAUCGUGGGCAACGUACUAUAGAGGAACCAAUGCUGUGAUCGUGGUUAUAGAUAGCACAGACAGAGCCAGAAUCUCUCUCAUGAAAGAUGAGCUGUUCAGAUUACUGGGGCAUGAGGAUCUUCAGAACUCGGUGAUACUCGUGUUUGCAAACAAACAGGACCUGAAAGACGCUAUGAGCCCCGCUGAAAUCACGGACGCGCUUAACCUUCAUAGUAUCAAGAACCAUGAUUGGCACAUUCAAGCAAGCUGUGCAGUUACUGGUGAGGGAUUGCAUGAUGGGCUUGGUUGGAUUGCUCAGAAAGUUACUGAUAAAGCUCCAAAGUAAAAAAGAGGAAAUGUCAGAAAAUGAAUCAUAUAACUUCAAUAAUUAUUGUUCUUUAUUACAAUGUAUCUAUUCCACUCGUCAUAUCAUGAGAUUUGGUUUACUCUGAUUGCAUUGGACUCAA